CUCUCUCUCUCUCUCUCUCUCUCUCUCAUUCAUUUCGCCGGCUAACAUGAGAGAUCAUGGCCGCCUUCGGGCUCCUGAGCUAUGAGCAGAGACCUCUCAAACGGUCCCGUUUGGGGCCGCCCGACGUCUAUCCGCAAGACCCCAAGCAGAAGGAGGAUGAGCUAACUGCUGUAAAUGUAAAACAAGGUUUCAGUAAUCAGCCAGCUUUCUCAGGAGAUGAACAUGGGUCUGCUAGAAAUAUUGUUAUUAACCCAUCCAAGAUUGGUGCUUAUUUUAGCAGCAUAUUAGCCGAGAAGUUAAAACUUAAUACAUUCCAGGAUACAGGAAAGAAGAAAUUGCAAAUAAAUGCUAAAGACAAUUACUGGCUAGUUACUGCUCGGUCCCAGAGUGCAAUUCAUACGUGGUUUGCAGAUUUGGCAGGAAAUAAACCUCUGACUUUCCUAGCAAAAAAGGUACUUGGAUGGCUUCUUCACUAUUUGGGAGAGUGGGAGGAGGGUUCAUAUCAUUCUGAUAUGAACCUCAAGUGCAAUAUUAACAAAAUAAGCAAGGCAUUUCAUUAA